AAUCGUUGCAUGGCAAAUCACCGGGACGUGUGACAUCGGUGAAGAGAGGUGACAACCUUCAGUGACCAGACAGCGAAGGCUGUGCAAGAUGAAGGUGUUUCUGUUUCUGCUGUUGGCUGCUGUCACUUGCAUGGAUUUGGGACACUCCUUGCAGUGUUACACGUGCAAGGAAUUGACCCCAGUUCAGGAGUGCUUGAAAAUUGAGAACUGCACAGAGACUGAGACCAUAUGCAAGACUACAAUCUAUUCCCUGGAGGAUGUUUAUCCCCACACGGGAGUCUCGACUGUCACCAAGAUGUGCUCCUCUGUCUGUGAGCCCUCUGACGUGGAUGGCAUCGGGAUGACACAUCCUGUCACCUGCUGUUUCUCUGACCUGUGCAACGUCGAUGAUGCGGCAUCGACGUUGGGGAUCAGUGUUGUGCCAGUUGGGAUCCUGGCAAGUUCCCUCUGUGCCUUUUUCUGGACUAGACUGUGA